GUGGGCGGGGUUUUGGUCACGGCAAGGGAUGGUGGGAGAGGAGGGAAAAUAAUGGCGUUGAUUGGAGUCAGAGCUGUGAUCAGGUUACACAAGCGGACCGGGAGGAAAGCAGGACAUUAUGGACCGUGACACGCAUUAACACUGGGACACAAACACACGGAUCUGCUGCUCGUGCGCUUCAGGACAGAAGGGGAUCAGUGACGUGACGUGUUGUGGAGCUGCUGCGUGUCUAAAGAGGACAGAAAAGAAGAAAAGAAGAGUGACUGAACCUCAUGACUGUCAUGUCCUUAUUGUGGGACUGACUUUAACACCAGAUCUUUCCCUGUCCUGUGUGUGUGUGUGUGUGUGUGUGUGUAGUGUGUGUGUGUGUGUAGUGUGUGUGUAGUGUAGUGUAUUGUAGCGUGUGUGUGUGUGUAGUGUAGUGUAGCGUGUGUGUGUGUGUGUGUGUGUGUGUGUGUGUUUACGUGCUGCAGGUUUGGGUCAAAGCCAGGAACAGAACCAGAUCACAGAUUUAACCUGCAGAGAUCCUCCUCUUCUUCUUCUUCAUCAUCAUCAUCAUCAUCAGUUCUCUGAUUCCUACAGGAGAGCAUGUGUCCUCAUCGCGGUGUGUGUGAGAGCGUCUGCUCUUCUCUACAUCAGAAGGCUCUGUAGAAGAACAAGGGAGAAGGUCCAGGAGGAGCUCCAUGAUGUUCUCUGUGCGCAUCGUGUGUGCAGAUUAUUACCUGUCCAGGCCUCUGCAGCUGCUGGAUGUGUGUUUCUCUCAGUUCAGAGAUGCGGAGGUGCACAGAGUGCCUGUGGUGAGGAUAUUCGGGGCCACACCGGCAGGUCAGAAGACAUGUCUGCACGUACACGGUGUGUUCCCAUACAUCUACGUGCCCUAUGAUGGAUUUGGACAGGAGCCGGAGCGUUACCUGAGACAGGUGGCCUUCAGCAUCGACCGAGCAGUCAACGUCAGCAUGGGGAACCCGUCCUCACACACCAUGCAUGUGUUCAAGGUCACACUCGUCUCUGGGAUGCCAUUCUAUGGAUUCCACCCUGAAGAGAAGCCAUUUAUGAAGAUUUACCUCUACAAUCCUCAGAUGGUUAAGAGAGUGUGUGAGCUGCUGCAGGGUGGAGCUGUGAUGAAUAAGUGUUUCCAGCCUCAUGAAGCUCACAUCCCGUUCCUGCUGCAGUUCUUUAUCGAUUUCAACCUGUACGGAAUGAAUCUCAUCCACCUGUCAGCGGUGCGCUUCAGACGCCACACACCAGACCCAGGUGAGCAGUGUAAGACUCCUGUAGAAGAUGAAGGAACAAUGAACAGUCCCAGACUCAGUGCCAGUGUGUUGGGAGGCACGUUUGCUCGGUGGGAUGAGAAUAAUUUACCCAGCUCUUUGGUGUUGGAGGAUGUGGCGCGGGUGAGUGUGUGUGAGCUGGAGGCCGACGCUGUAGCAGCAGACAUCCUGAAUCGCCUGGAGAUGGAGAAUCAGAUCGGAAGGAAUCCCGGUUUGCAGGCUAUCUGGGAGGAUGAGAAGCAAAGACGGAGAGAGAGGAACGAGAACUCACAGAUAGAAACUCCUCAGUCUCAGGAUCGUCCAUGCAUGGAGCCGGUGGAGAGUGAGCGCUUCUUCAUGAAGAGGAUUAAGGAGAAAUUAAGAGAAAACCAGUUUGAUUUGACACAAAGCGACAUUGAAGAAGAUGAUGAUGAUGAUGAUUUCCCUGUCCUCUCCCUUCAUCCUGAUGAUCUAACUUCUGGUGAUCCACCACCUGCAAGCCAGGUGGAGGUGCACAAAGAUAUGCCCAGAGGUGAGGCAGAUAAUAAACGGUCUGAAGCCAAAGCUGCAGAAGUAGCUGUUGUGGAUGAAGAGGCCAUUUUGAGCUUGUUGGAGAACAGUCAGACCUUCUUGCCCAUGUCUCAGAAGUCCAACACGUCCCUUAUACUCAAUAACAGCCAGGAUCAAGCCAUGGUGGACUUUCUCGAGGGACUCGCAGAUCAUCGAUUUCAAAAAGAUGUUCCAAUAACUGCUCCCCGUCAGGAAAUAUCAGGAAGUCUUAGCUGCCCCUACAACAGCGAUGAGGAAGAGGCAGUUCCUGAGCUGGAGAAAGAAGAAGCAGAUAUAAGCGUGAUGAUGUCACAGAGAUGGGAUAAUGAUCUCCCAGACCCGUCAGCUCAUCCGCUAGAGAAAGAAGCAAAUGAAAGCUUGAGUGAAGAGGAGCACGAGUUGUUGGAGGAAGAGAUGGACUGGAGUGGAAACCAUCUCUUUGCUAAUCUGUCUAUUCCCCAGCUGGAUGGGGCUGCAGACGAGAACAGCGAUUCGUCGUUAUCUGACAAAGGAUCUCGAGCUCACUCGUCACUGACUGCUAACGAUAAGAUAUUGGGCAGGAACAAUCACUUUCAGAGUGAAAGUGUUCACCUAGAGCCCCCGACCUCACCUCAAAUCCUUCUGGAGUACAAACAUCUUGACCAUAGUCAGUCCCUAUCACUUGGUAAGGAGGAACCAGAUGACAAGAACCUUCCUGAUCAAAGUGAACCAUUAACAGGGUUCAAAGUGAAUAAAGACAUCACUUAUAUCCCACCAUUCAAACACCCAAUCCCAUCAAAUAUGCCCCUGGUUGGUGCUGACAGAAUGGGCGGUUACUCGCAUUACACAGAUGAGAUCAAAGCUGGAGGCGUUAACCAGACAGACCCGGAGUGUUUAAGCUUUGGAACCGCAAAGCACUCCCAGAGCUCCAAAAAGUAUAAUAGCAUCAAAAAUGCUGAGAAGAACCACAUUUCCAUCUUGAAGAAUCACAGCAUUUCUUUGUGCUAUUCUGAGCUUAAAACCGAGCUGGAGAAAAGUGUAAAAGACUCCAGAACCUCCUCUGUGCUAAGUCAUCUCGAGGCUCCGAGCCUAGUGAAAGAUCUUGAGUGUCUGGUACCUCAAGAGGGUAAAAUGGAGCAGAACAGUGAGGAAGGUGAUGUCGGGGAGCUUAAGAUAAGAUAUGAAGACUACCAAGAAAACAAAACAGAAAGAAAAAUCGUGGCCCAGCAGGAGGCACACUACAAAUUCUUCCCAAGUGUCAUUCUCUCAAACUGUCUCUCAAGGCCUCUGAAGAAGCAGGUCAGAAGUAAGAUGAUGGAUGGUGGUUGUAGCUUGGAUCAUUUGGAACAAAAAAGGUCAAGAAUGAAGUUAAACAAGAAGAGGAACAGUACAGCAAGUCAAAAGAGUCUGACCGAAUGUUCACAAACCUCCCAAAAUGAGGUGGCUACAGGUUUGACCUUCAUCACACCAGUCCAGCCAAGCAAGGAAAUGGAGGAGAAAACUGUGAUGGAAACCUCUGAACUCACAAAAUCUGAUGCUGUUGGUCAAGUUACGGUUGAAGGUUCUGUCAAGAAAAGUCUGCCCGAUCUUCCUGACAAAAUAACUUGCACUGAAGUGUCUAGUUUACCAGGCAGCAAGUAUACCCUUCGUACCAAGCGUAAAAUGGUCAGUUAUGACAGUGAAGAUGAUCACUUGAGUCCUUCUUCUUUUAAACAAACCUUGGCACAUCAAGACAGCCUUAAAGACAACUAUUUUCUUACCAGUAGUCGAAAGAAGAGGAAGUUGUCUAAAAAAGAGCCACCAGUCAUCAUCAAAUACAUUAUAAUCAACAGGUUUAAAGGCCAGAAAAACAUGUUGGUAAAGAUGGCAAGGGUCAAAGGAGAUGAGUCACAAGUGGUACUGACACCACAGAAGCUUGAGCAUUAUGGGAAACUUGCCCCUAUGAAAGACUUCUGGCCGAAGGUUCCCGAGUCGACGGCGGUCAGAUAUCCUGUUCCUGAACCGAAGGUAAAGAAACAGCCCAAACGUAAGGCCAAGGUCACACCUCAGUCAGGGAAACUCUGCCACUUUCAAAGAACAAGUGUCGUAAAAGGACGCAGGACUAAAAAAGUGAAAACGUCGUCUUUAACAAAACUGCCUGCUCCUAGGCCUUGUUAUAAUGAUCUCACCGACGACUUCUGCAAAGAGUAUUCUGACGUGCUGAUGGAUCUGGGUUACCUCUCAGAGAGAGCAUCCAGUCCUACUGAGUCAACCCCACCUCGAUGCUGGUCUCCAACUGACCCUCUGUUAGACUCCGAGUCUAAUGCUGGGUUGAUAAACCCUCAUAGUGAUCCUUGUCUUAGCUUGUCAUAUAAGGGAUCAUCCAGGAACCGUUGUGGUAGUAAAGGCAGGGGAGCUAAACCAAGAAAGCUUUCUGGUGCCAGCCCAAAACAAAAAGCUAAGACUCCUGUCAAGCCAUCUGUCAGUGAAACGUCAGUAACUGGGGAAACAUCAAAAAAGAGCCGUCGAACUUCAAGAAAGCCAAAAAAAGACGUUCAUCUUCGGGAAGAAACUGGAAAUAAUAAAUCUGCUCCUCAGAAAACCAGGAGGUCUUUUAAGAAGAACCAGGCAGAGAGAUCGGAAAGGUCUUCUGUGGUUGCAGGACCUCUGAAUAGUUCACAGUCUUUGUAUCCAGCUGAUGACCAUCAACGGACACAAACACUAUCUGAUGCUUCGUCUCCCUCCUCCCAGCAUCCAGGUUCUUGCCAAAAAAGUCUUCAUUUCAGUAGUGAUUCUCCUGCACUCCCGUUUAACACUGAACCAAAAUCCGAGUCGAUCCAAACGAAUGCUGGAGACGAACUGGUCAGCAGUGUUUCUGCUUCAGUACCACUAUGUUCUCGGUCUCCUCAAAGGCUUGCUGAGAAGACCACUGCAUUACCAUGCUCAGUCAUAACACACAGUAAUGCCAACUCCAGUUCACUCCCUGCCAGUGAAGAUCGAGCUUAUGGUGGAAAACAAACUUCUAAAGAUGUUCAUUACUCGCAGCCAAACCCAAAGAUGCCACCCAAACCCAGGAGACGUCAAUCCAAAAAGAAUGUAGAAAACGCUUCUGUUCAAACCCGUGAUCUCACGACACCCUCGAAUGUUUUAAUGCCUGCACCGCAAAAAGAUCUUACCGAAGUAAAGUUAAUGCCAAAGAACGGAGAGACACCAGCUCAUCUGGAGAUGCCUUCUGGCAUCGCAGUUUUGAAGGCACUGCUCCAGAAAAGGCAGGGGCAGUGCUCUCAGGUAGAUAACGUAUUAAACAUGGCUUCUAACACUAAAAAAACGUCUGAAGUUGCAAAACCUAGAAAGGCAUCUUCAGCAACAUCAAGAAAGCCCAGAAUCCAGAGACAUUUGGUGCCAAAGGAGUCAAAGCCAAGAGGGAGAAAAGAAAAGAGCGGCAGAACGAAAGACUCCGUUCGGUCGGAACCUACAAUGUCGGAUGGGAGCCCUGUGUUCUUGUCUGAUCCUGGUUUUGACAGCUCUUACUCCAUUGAAGAUAGUUUAUCUCCUGAGGUUCCUCACAAUUACAGUUUUGACAUCAACGCUGUCGGCCAGGCCGACUUUUCUAGCCUGUAUUCUGGAAACCAGUUUGUUUUAACGGACAAGAAUUUGCCUCAGAAAUUCCUCAGUGAUAAUAAACACGACCCGGUGUCUUCUAUGGGUUUGGGUAAUGGGCAGGAGAAGGUCCUAGACAUUGAGGAGAACUGCUUACGUGAAUCGGAGAGGCCAGGAAGCCCCGAGCUCUUCAAUAGAUCCUCUUUGAUGGAGCAAGAAGAGUUCUCAAAUGAGUUCUGUCUGUCUCUGCUGGACUCUGAGAAGGUGUUGAGAAACAGAAACUGGGGCAUUUCAUUGGCUAAAAUACAUGGCAGCCACUUUCAAGACUUUCACUGUGAGAAAAGUGACCUGUUAUUACAUCCUGACCACUUCUUACCCCUGACAUCUGUCUCUUUUGCUGAUAACGGCGUGUCGCCUACAGGGGAUCUGCUGGACGGUAGUGAGCUUUUUACAUCUACAACUCCCAGUAGUUCACCACGGUCUAUCGGCUCUGUGUCACAAAUAAGGAGCAGCAGUCAAAAGAGUGUAGGAGUUCAUAUCCUCAAGCCCCUAAUGUCCCCUCCUAGUCGUGAGGAGAUUCUCGCUACCCUGCUGGAGCUGGAUCUUUCAGAGGCUUCCUAUCAAGAACCUUUUUGCAGUGACCCCUCUGACCUGCCUUUGAGACCGAGAGAGAUUGCUGGACACAAACUAAUUCUGGAAACAAGGUUAGCAAAAGAUCUGACUGAAUUUGUUGGUGGUUUAUCACAAGAAGGUCUGCAAUUCUGGAAAACCGCAUUCUUUGCCAUGACACGUCCAGGGUCUUCACCUUCUUGUGGCAAUGACUCCUCAAGCACGGCCAAAGACAAGAAGGAACGGGGCAGUCCGUCUCCUGCUAGCGGUCAGGUGGUGAUUUUACUGCCUUGCAAAAGUGCUCCAAGCCGGGAACGUGUACAACUGUGGUUACAAGCUAAGAGACGAUUCGAGUGCCUUCAGAGAGAUCGGAAAAGGAGACUCGACGCGUCAAACGUGAUGCCAAUCCAGGACAAGAAUAAAUCACCACACCACAAUGAGUUAGGAAGCAUUUUGUCUCUGUCCCAGAAGCAGGACGAGGCAGUUUCAGCCCUGCAGACCGUCAGGAAGACGGGAUUAACUUUGCCUCUGAGUUUAUCUCCAGUAGAGACAAGUGCCUCUAGCAACAGUCCAAAGGAGGUUAAAUGUGCCAUGGAGGCUGAAACCAGAUGCCAAGAGGAGAGAGAAGUAAAUUCCCUUAAACAGACCCCAUCCCCAGACCCUUCUUUUCUGCCACCAUGGCAACCAACGUCCAACAAACCGAACCCGAACGAUAAGAAGCAGGAAUUAGGAGAUGGAUUAACGUCCCCUAAACUAGGCAUCGAUCCUUUCUCACCAGAAAGCAUUAAACCAAAGCAGUUCCUCAGUCCAUCAACAUGUCCUAUAAAGGAGCAGGAUGGGGAGAUUUCCGGUACCUCCCUCCUCCACAGCACCCCCAUUGUCUGCAAGAUGAGAAGCAGUGGAGCCUGUGAGCUUGCAGACUGCAGUCCUGUCUCAGACCUGGAGCCCAAAUCUCGGAGAAUCCAGCAAAGACGAAACGGCAACAAAAGUGCAUUGUGUAGAGUUCUGCUCACUACACAACUGAAGAAUCAUUUUGCGGGUCUGAACGUACCCAAAGGGGAGAACUCUCAGAUCGAGGGUCCGUCGCUAUGCAACUCGUACGGGUUCAAAGUCGGUAUGCAGAACCUGCAGGAAGCUAAAGCGCUGCACGAGGUGCAGCACCUAACAGUGAUGGGUUUGGAACUGCACGCUCGGACACGCCGAGAUUUGAAACCUGACCCCGAGUUCGACCCCAUCUGUGCCUUAUUUUACUGCCUCAGUUCUGACACGCCGCUUCCCGAAUCAGAGAAGAAACAGAUAAGCGGCGCUGUGGUCAUCGAUAAAGACUGUCGCUGCUCAGGACAAGGCUCACGGAGCACAGCGCCCCUGCUGGUCAGAUCCGGUAUUGCAGAUCUGCAGGUCAUUUAUACUGUUGAUGAAAAGGAGCUGUUUGAAGAAGUCUGCAAAAUAAUGAGAAAGUAUGAUCCAGACAUUCUGGUUGGUUAUGAGGUUCAGAUGCACUCUUGGGGUUACCUGCUACAGCGAGCAUCAGCACUCAGUGUGGAUCUGUGCCAACAAAUUUCCCGAGUGCCAGGUGAUGCAAAGGAGAACCGCUUUAAUGAAGAUAAAGAUGAGUACGGCAGCGAGGUGAUGACAGAGAUCCACAUUGUCGGGCGUAUCACCAUCAACCUGUGGAGGAUCAUGAAGACCGAGGCAGCUUUGAAUAACUACAACUUUGAGAACGUAGCGUUUCACCUGCUGCAUCAGCGUUUCCCACUUUACACACACCGAACUCUCUCAGACUGGUUCGACCACAACACACACCUCUACAGAUGGAAGGUGGUGGACCACUACAUGAGCCGUGUACAUGGUGUGAUGCAGCUCCUGAAGCAGAGAGAUGUUGUGGGUCGCACUAGUGAAUUUGCUCGAGUGUUUGGUAUACAGUUCUACCACGUCCUCACACGGGGCUCCCAGUACCGUGUUGAGUCGAUGAUGUUGCGCAUUGCUAAGCCACUGAACUUUAUUGCUGUGAGCCCGAGUGUGUCCCAGCGAGCCCAGCAGAGGGCGCCACAGAGUGUUCCUCUCAUCAUGGAGCCAGAGUCUCGUUUCUACAGUAACUCUGUACUGGUGCUGGACUUCCAGUCUCUCUAUCCAUCUGUUGUCAUCGCCUACAACUACUGCUACUCCACCUGCCUUGGCUACGCCCACAGCCUUGGAACGUCUGAUGAGUUUAGGUUCGGUUGUACGUCUUUGCGCGUUCCUCCGGAUCUUCUUUAUCAGCUCCGUAAUGACAUCACCAUCUCUCCAAAUGGAGUUGCCUUUGUCAAGGCAUCAGUGCGUAAAGGCCUGCUCCCCCGCAUGUUGGAGGAGAUCCUACACACCCGUUUAAUGGUGAAGUCAGUGAUGAAGUUGUAUGGUGGUGAUGAAGCAUUGCUCCGCCUCCUGGAUGCUCGUCAGCUCGGCCUCAAGCUCAUUGCUAACGUGACCUUCGGCUACACGGCAGCGGCGUUUUCUGGACGCAUGCCCAGCGUGGAGCUCGGAGACAGCAUCAUACACAAAGCCAGAGAGACGCUGGAGAGAGCCAUCAAACUCGUCAAUGACACCAAGAAGUGGGGGGCAAAGGUGGUGUACGGGGACACAGACAGUAUGUUUGUGUUGUUAAAGGGGGUGACUAAAGAGCAGGCGUUUAAGAUCGGCAGUGAGAUUGCUGAAGCGGUGACUGCUACAAACCCCAAACCCAUUAAACUCAAAUUUGAGAAGGUGUACCUGCCAUGUGUAUUACAGACUAAGAAGCGUUAUGUAGGCUACAUGUACGAGUCUGUGGAUCAGAAGGAUCCUGUAUUUGAUGCUAAAGGCAUUGAGACCGUACGCCGUGAUGGCUGUCCUGCUGUUGCCAAGAUCCUGGAGCGAUCGGUGAAGCUGCUGUUUGAGACGAGGGACAUCUCUCUGGUGAAGCAGUACGUACAGAGGCAGUGUGUGAAGGUUCUGGAAGGCAGAGCCAGCUUGCAGGAUUUAACUUUUGCUAAAGAGUACCGUGGCAGCGCCUCCUACAGGCCCGGAGCAUGUGUACCUGCACUUGAGCUCACCAGGAGGAUGAUGGCACAUGACCGUCGUUGGGAGCCGCGGGUUGGCGAGCGUGUGCCAUACGUCAUUGUGUACGGUUCUCCUGGGGUUCCUCUGAUCCAGUUGGUGCGACACCCUCUGGAUGUUCUGCAGGAUCCUGCACUGCGCCUCAACGCUGUGUACUACAUCACUAAACAGAUCCUCCCUCCUGUAGCGCGCAUCUUCAGCCUGAUUGGGGUUGAUGUGUUCAGCUGGUACCACACACUGCCACGGGUACAGAAGUGGUCAUGUCCAGGUGGUGGCGCUGUAGGGGACGAGUCUCUGAGGAAGGGGACGAUCUCUCAGUACUUCACCACGCUGCACUGCCCGGUGUGUGACGAGCUGACUCAGCUGGGUGUGUGUGAGCGCUGCAGGGCCGAACCUCAGCGUGUCGCCGUCACACUGCAUCAUAACCUCCGAAUGUGGGAGCAAAAACACAGCCAGCUCCUAAAGGUGUGUAUGAGUUGCAGUGCAGACAGACAGGCUGUCUGUGUCUCUCUCGACUGUCCUGUGCUGUAUAAACUGUCCCAGGUGAACAGACAGCUCCACAACGCCCCCUACCUGCGACAGCUACUACAACAGAUCUAAUAUCACUAUCUGUCUCUCUCCGUAUCCGUCUGUCUCUUUCAGUUAACGUGGUGCUACAACAUUAGUGUUUUUAUGGUUCAGUAUAAAAAGGGUGUGUGUGUGUGUGUGUGUGUGUGUGUGUGUGUGUGGUUGUUUAUAAAUCAGAUUGAGCUGCUGCUGCUGUAUUUGUUGCGAUUCUGACACUGCAUGCGAGUGAGUUUGUAUGCUGUCCAAUCAGAGACGUCUCAGUAACUCCAGACUCCGCCCCCUCGUGUGUACACUGGUGCUGGACAGGAAUCUAAUCCUUUUCCUUUCUGUAUUUUACUGAUCCUGUGAGAAACGGUUACCUAGCAACUGGGAAACAUUUACAGUAUUAGAGUCGAGUCGAGGCCAAAGUAAGCGACGUCUUUUCAUAUUAAUGUGUAAAUAAAAGCUGUACAGUGAGCAGACUGAUGAUCAACACUCACACUGUGGUUGGUGUAGACCACGUCACGUCCCGGUCAGGAACACCACCACCCACCACCACCCUCAUCACAUCACCUUUAAGGUCCCAUGUUUUGGACAAAUUUGAUACAGUAUUAUAAUCCAUUAUUUCUUAAACUGACUGAUUGUAAAUACGUGUUUUAAGACAAAACAACUGACUUGCGACAUUUUUCACAACUUCCUGUUUCAGGGGUUUUGUUGUCACUGUGGAUUUAUGGAGAAAACACUAACUUUUUUUUUUUUAAGAGAGAGACGUUUCUAUGCUUUGUGUAAACUGAAUAAAACCCUGAAGGUGACGCAGUGACGUGUAUGAGGACAAAACUGUGUGUGGGUUUGGGGGUUUUUCAUGUUGUGCCGUGACGUAAAAAAAACAAAUUGAUUUAAAUAAAUGUGACGUAUUCAACUGGA